UAGGUGAGCUGAAAAUUCGGUGUUAAGCUCAUGGUUACCUGUCAGCUGGGCCCCUAUCCCCAACCUUUAGAGCAGGAUUGGUGGCAAGGGGGCGCAGUGAGAAGAUGGGUAGUGGGCCCCAAAUGGCCGCGCCUCAGCCAGGCAUUUGGUUUCGUCGUGGCUGUGCCCGAUGCUCGUGGGUAAGGUUCAUUCCGGCGCACUGCCAGAGGCGCUUACUUGGACUCCGAUGCUAGCUGUGACAGCUAGUAGCCCAGAGCUAGCAGCACCAGCGCGUCAGAUCGGCCGCGGGCCCUAUUUGCACUUUGAGAAAUUGUGGAACGCGUGAUUUUAUCACGCGGCGCCCCCGCCGCCGGCUGGUGAGAUAGGCCUCGUAGCCCGCGUGCUUGAUCGACCCGUGCCGUUCCCACUCGACCCGUCCGUGGACUUGGACCUCGCGACAGACACAUGGCGGCGCCACGUGCAAGGGCCCUUCGCCACGAUUGGCUGCGUCGGUCAGGCUGCCCCCGGUCAUACGAUGCCCCCAGCCUGCGGCCGCAUGGACGCCUCCGCCAGCGCCAUCCCCACCGCCGCCGCGCCCAACAAAGCCCGUGCGCCCCGCUCCCGCGCCGCAGACAGCACGCUCAGCCCUGCGCGUCAACUCCCGCCGACGACGGUCGCCCAAGGAACAGACCCCCGCGAUGGAUCUCAACGAGGAAAGCGCGCCCAGCGGGGUCCUCUUCGAAGAGGAUGUGCCUGAGCAGGAAGCCAAGAUGGCGAACGGAGGGCCGAAGAAGGGCAAGAAACUCGAAGAACCCUACCGGCUCGAAAUUGUAUGGUUCAAUGUCCUCUGGUUUGUCCUCCUCCAUGCUGGUGCAUUGUACGGUGUAUAUCUCAUCUUUGCAUCUGCCAAAAUCUACACAACAUUAUAUGGCUUCUUGCUGUGCGAACUGUCCCUGCUGAGCAUCACCGCGGGCGUCCACCGCCUGUGGGCCCAUCGCGCCUACAAGGCCAAGUGGCCCCUGCGCCUCACCCUCAUGAUCCUCAACCUGCUGGCGUACCAGAACUCCAUCUACGAGUGGGCGCGCGACCACCGGGUGCACCACAAGUUCAGCGAGACCAACGCGGACCCCGUGAACGCCAAGCGCGGCUUCUUCUUCUCGCACGUGGGCUGGCUGCUGUGCCGCAAGCACCCCGAAGUGCGCGCCAAGGGCGGCCGCAUCGACCUCAGCGACCUGGAGCGCGACCCCAUCGUCAUGUUCCAGAAGAGGCAUUAUUACAAAUUGGUGCCGUUCGCUUCCUUCGUGAUUCCAACUCUCAUUCCUAUGUAUUUCUGGGGAGAGACGCUGUCUAAUUCUUGGUAUGUGGCGACUAUGUUCCGAUAUUGCCUCUCUCUCAACCUUACAUGGCUCGUCAACAGUGCGGCUCACAUGUGGGGCAACAAGCCAUAUGACAAGAACAUCAAUCCUGUUGAAAACCUUGCUGUCGCCAUUGGAAGCUUGGGGGAGGGAUGGCAUAACUUCCACCACGUUUUCCCUUGGGACUACAAGACAUCAGAACUCGGCAACUACAGCCUCAAUUUCACAAAUGCCUUCAUCGACCUGGCUGUCCUCCUUGGGUUGGCGUACGACCUCAAGACCGUCCCAGUCUCUAUGAUCAAGACUCGCGUAGGACGCACCGGUGAUGGCAGCCACGAUGUGUGGGGUUGGGGAGACAAAGAUCUCCCGAAAGAACUUGCAGAUCAAACUAUGAUCGAAAACAGGAAAACGGAGUAGUGUAAUGCAACAAAAACCGCACCAUAUCAAAUUUCUGUGACUGUGAAACAUCCAUCAUUGUGUUCAACCAAAGAAGUGUAGGACUAUUAUUGUUUGUAUGGUGUGGAUUGACAAUGCUGAAGACUCAGAGUUGUACAAGGGACGAUGAAAAAACAUCUUUGCGCCCUCAUUAUUAAUUGUGAUAUUAAAAUAGUUUGUGCAACGAGAAGUUAACGUCAGCUAUGAGGGUAAGGUGGCAAAGUGAAGGUGGUUCGGUGACGAAAUACUUUUUAAGAUAUUAUCAACAAUUAAAUUCAUUUGAUUCAUUUAUCUUAUGAAUGUUUGACUGACGUUAUACGUUUCUAAUGUAUGUAAAUUUAUAAUAAAGAAUUGUGUGCAACUACAUAUA